CUGGAGAAGUAGGACCCACGAGAAUCAGCUCGAGACAUGGAAACUGGAAUGUUAUCUUAUCUGGAUAACAUUUCAACCACUUACUCCACUCUUGAGUCCUUCACACUCGACGCUAUCACCGGCCGGUAACGUCACACAAACCCAAAAUCACAAUGGCGUUCUCAUCGUCCCUAUGGUCUUCCCUCUUCGUUGCAAACCCAAACAGAACCGCCAUUUCCACUCGAUUCUCUCACAAACCGCCCAAACUCCCUCUCUCGCCGGCGUUCGCCAUCCCGCCGCUCUCCACGGCCACUGCGGCGGACGUCUCGGGCGCCAUCGACGGGACUACGAUCGCGGUGGUGAGCGGAGGAUUCGUGGCGGCACUGGCGGCGGUGCUGUCGCUGACGGACCCGGAGCGGCGGCGGCAGUUGCAGGCGGAGGAGGUGGGCGGCGGCGACAAGGAGGUGGUGAGGGAGUACUUCAACAACUCCGGGUUCCAGCGCUGGAAGAAGAUCUACGGCGACACCGACGAGGUGAACCGGGUUCAGCGCGACAUUAGGUUGGGCCACGCCAAGACCGUGGAGAACACGCUGAGCAUGUUGAAGGACGAAGGUUCCCUUCAGGGCGUUACGGUUUGCGACGCUGGGUGCGGUACCGGUUCUCUCUCUAUUCCUCUUGCCAAAGAGGGCGCUGUUGUGUUCGCCAGUGAUAUCUCCGCCGCUAUGGUUGCCGAGGCUGAGAAACAGGCAAAAGAACAGCUUGCAACCAGUGAAGAUGGAUCUGUGCCCGUGAUGCCUAAGUUUGUAGUGAAGGAUUUAGAGAGCUUGGAUGGCAAGUAUGAUACGGUGGUCUGCCUCGAUGUCUUGAUUCAUUACCCACAACAUAAAGCCGAUGGGAUGAUUGCACACCUUGCAUCAUUGGCCAACAACCGAUUGAUUCUGAGUUUUGCCCCAAAGACGUUUUAUUAUGAUCUGCUAAAGAGGGUUGGAGAGUUGUUCCCUGGUCCUUCAAAGGCAACAAGAGCAUAUCUUCACUCUGAGGCAGAUGUAGAGAGAGCAUUGCAAAAGGUUGGCUGGACCAUAAGGAAGAGAGGCUUAACCACUACCCAAUUUUACUUUGCUAGGCUUAUUGAGGCUGUUCCUAUGUAGUGGGGAUUGAAAGGUGAGUUUUGCAUGAUUAGAGGAAAUUCUUAGUGUAAAUUGUUAGGCCUUCUAUUAAGUGAUUUUGUAUGCUAUUAUCCUCCACAUGGACCACAUAUAAUUCUAUUGUGUAUAUUUCUUCAUAGCCUAGAAGAUGCUGACGAAUUGAGGCUAUGUUUUCUGGGAGAAAUAGAGUGAAGUGGUUCAUGAUAAUUUGUGUGGAGCUAGUGCCUAGUGAGUUACCGGUCCAUUGGGUUGGUGGAAUGGAGGCAAGCUCCCUUUAAGCUGUUCAGAAGUUACAGCGAUUAUUACUCAAGGGUAGUAAUUAGUUCCUGUAUUGCAUUUUUUUUAUAAAAGUGAUAAUGAUAAUAAUAAUAAUAAUAAUAAUAAUAUCACACUUUUUGA